AUGAUUAAGGCAAUUCUCAUCUGUGUCUUAUUAUUAUCAGUAACUGCAGGACAUGUAAGAAAAAGUCACAAAGCAGUCCAUAAUAAAAAAGCAAGGACCUUUAAUAGUGCAUUCAUUGAAUUUGAAAAUUUGGGAGAUAAAGAUUACCAUUUGAGCGCAAAAGAAGCAUAACAUUGGGCUCAAAUUACAUCAGACGUAGAGACUUAAACCAAAAAGCACACCUCAUUCACAGAAACUCAUGCUGAAUAUGUUCCAGGAGUUGUUGGAGAAGUACUCGAUCUUUCAAACAAUGCUGGAGUUAUUUCCUACACAGCAACCGACAUCAAUGGAAAUAUUCUUGAAUCUGAGACAGGAAGUGAUUUGGCAAGUAAAUUGAAUGCUGCCUAUCUUGAAACGACCUCAAAAAUUUAGGAUUCAACCGCAGAAUCUCUUUGAGAUUUAUUAUAUAAACAUAAACAAAUAUCAUAAUUAAAAUCUUUA